UUUCAGAAUCUGGAUAUACCACUCUUUUGGCUUGCUGUUUUGAUCGUUUCGUUUUCACCAGUUUGCUAUGAAAUGGAUAUGGAUUAGAAGAGGUGGAUUAGAAGAGGUGAACGAAGGGGAAAAAAGUUUGAAAUCUUUUUCCCCUUCUUCUAAGCUAAAUUAGGAAACUUGGCUUGUUGGUUCGGAACUAUUUAAAAACAUUGUGUUUGCAGUAAUUCGGUAAAUGGCUUCCGUAUUAUCCUCUACAAAGCCCAUACGGACUAUUGCGGCUGAGCGACGAAAGAAGUAUCAAUUUCUUCUAGUUGCAUUUUAUGACGCAAAUGGUUUUUUGGGUCAAUUGCCAGUGGAUUUCUUGCGUAUAACUGUCCCCUCGUCAAUUUCACUUCAAAGGCAACAGCAACAGUCUACAGUUCCUUUCUAUGUUGGGGAUCCUAAUUUGGUUGCUCAACAAGCUCUUUUGCAGGCGCAGCGCUUCUACAGCUCUGCGCCGCCGAAUACACGUGGUCGUAUUUCGAUAACGGUCGUAGAGGCAAAGCUGGUAAAAAACUAUGGUUUGGUAAGGAUGGAUCCCUAUUGUUGUGUACGGGUAGGGAAUGCCAUUUUUGAAACACAAAGAAAUAUAAAUGGUGGUAAAACACCGAAAUGGAAUCGCAUUAUCAAUGCCUACUUACCAUAUGGUGUCGAGUCGUUCUAUCUUCAAGUUUUUGAUGAAAAAGCAUUUACUGCUGAUGAAUGCAUUGCAUGGGCACAUAUAAUAAUUCCAAAUGCUGUAUUUGGCGAUGAGAUAAUCGAUGACUGGUAUCAACUUUCUGGACAACAGUUUAAUCGACAGUGUGGCAAAAAAGCACCACCGCUCAAGCUGAAUGACAGGGCGGUAGAAUUGCAUAUAGCAUAA